GCAGGGGGACGCGCGCGGGAGCGGGCACGCAGACUGGGAAUUCUUGCAUGCCCGCUUUCACGUUACACCGGUGGCGGAAGUGAACGUGGUGAGAGGACCAAGAUGGCCACUCCAUAUGUGACCGAUGACUCCGGGAAAUACAUACCAUCCACUCAACGUCCGGAUGGCACGUGGCGUAAACAGAGGAAAGUAAAGGAGGGCUAUGUGCCUCAAGAGGAAGUUCCUGUUUAUGAAAACAAGUACGUGAAGUUUUUCAAAAGUAAGCCUUCCCUUCCGCCCGGCAUGAGCCAUACAGAUCCCUCUGCUAACAAGACGCAGCAGUCCACAAAGGCAGAAAUAGAAAGCUCCCUAUCGAAGACAGCCAAAAGGAAUCUGAAGCGCAAGGAGAAAAGAAAACAAGAAAAAGGCGAGCGGGGGGUAGUGGAAGAGACCAUAGAGGAACUGGAGAAGGUUAACAUUUCAGAAGCCAAGGACAAAACGACCAAUGAGAACCCAGCAGCCGAGAACGCAAAGAAACUCAAGAAUCUCCGGAAAAAGCUGCGACAGGUGGAGGAACUCCAGCAAAAAAUAGACUGUGGAGAGAUUACCGAGCCAUCCAAAGAGCAGUUAGACAAGCUGGCCAGGAGGAAAGGGAUAGAGGAAGAAAUCGAGGACCUGGAACUGGACUUGUAGAAGACUUCUAAUAAGUAGUAGCAGAAGGCAUUCAUUGUGGGCUAGAUUGCCUGGGGACACAUUUGGCAUUUUCUGUUUAUUUCUUGUUCACUUGUUGCAUUGUAGUUUUUCCUAGGAUAAUAUGUGAGAGUUUG